AGAUGUCCAUGGGCAAGAGGAUCAUGCCCGGGAGGCCGCCGGACAAGGGCUCCUUCCCCUUGGACCACUUCAGCGAGUGCUCCGAUCUGAAGGAGGAGUACCUCAGGUGUUUGAAGGAGAACAAGCACGACAACAUGUCUUGCAGAUACCUUUCGAAGAAGUACCUCCAGUGUCGCAUGGACAGAAACCUCAUGAGACGGGAGCCGAUGAAGUCCUUGGGCUUCACCGAAGAGGCCCCGGUCAUCUCGGCCGCGAGAGGCUUCACCGAGUCAGGAGACGAAGCCCAAGCCAGCGCGGAAAAAGAACAAGACCAAGACCAAAGAGGAGGAGGGUUGGGUGGUCGGCGUCGAUGGCAUUCGACCCGAGCGGAGCAACGAGUGGCGAAGACCCACUUUGAUCAACAUCCGCGCCUUCAUGGGUGACGGCAAGAAGGAGAAGUCUGACGAGUCAUAGGCCCCAGUGAGCUGCUGCCUGCAGUGAUCCAACGGCUCCUGGAGCGGUCACAGGACCCAACCGUAACAUGGACAACCUAACGCUGGAAUUUGCCAAGCUAAAAACGAC